AUUUUAAAAAUAUGACAAACGUACAAAAAGUACAAAAACGACGAUCGAGCAUCGAGCGAGCCCAACACCACUUUUGUCUUCUCGGUGUUUACAUUUUGAUUUUUGCAUAACAUUGAUAGACGCAGCAAGCAUUGUUUUUCAAUGUCAUUGAUUUUUUCUCCGAGUCGCCCGCUCAACCCAGCAUAAUAUUAAGAUGUCUGAGAGCUUGCAGGUCGCUGUUCGUGUACGCCCGUUGAACGAAAAAGAGCGAGAAGAUGCCAGACAAGAGUCACUCACAACGUUUGGCAAAGUCGUUAGCGUGCGAGAUUCGGAGCAAACAUUUUCUUUCACCGAAGCGUUUGGACCAAACAGCACCCAGGGCGAGAUUUUCAGCAAAUCUGUUCUUCCACUUCUUCCGAAUCUCUUCAGAGGAUUCAAUCUGACCAUCCUGGCCUACGGACAAACUGGAUCUGGCAAAACCUACACGAUGGGUACAUGUGGAGGCGACGGACCUGACGCAGGAAUGAUCACAAAGUCCAUUGCCUACAUUUUUAACCAAAUCAAAUCAACCUCUGACUGCGAGAUUAGCGUCUCAGUUUCAUUUCUUGAGCUGUACAUGGAAGAGUUCAGAGAUCUCCUUGCCACUGCAAACUUUGCAUCAAGCAGUCCACUUGAUAUUCGGGAGGACGCAACAGGUAGCAUUGUUGUUCCAGGCCUGACAGAGAUCGCCGUUGCCAGUCCUGACGAAACACUCUCUUGGCUUGCCCAGGGCUCACAAUACCGGAAAACUGGUGCUACUGCUAUGAACGUUGUUUCAAGCCGAAGUCAUGCAGUAUUCACCAUUAAGCUGGAAUGCAAAUAUGAAGAUGGAUCACCAGCCACUGUCAGCAAAUUUUCUCUUGUUGACUUGGCAGGUUCCGAGCGAGCCAAGAAAACAGGCACAAGUGGGGAGCGUAUGCAAGAAGGAAUUGACAUCAAUAAGGGACUUCUGGCCUUGGGAAAUGUGAUCAGUGCUUUGUCUGAGCAGAAAAAAGGCAGACACAUUCCAUACAGGGACAGCAAACUUACUCGUCUCCUGCAAGACUCUUUGGGUGGAAACUCGCAUACCUUGAUGAUUGCCUGUGUGAGCUCAGCGCCAAGAAAUCUUCAGGAGACUCUGAGCACUCUACGUUACGCUACGAGGGCUCUUAAAAUCAAGAACAAACCUGUGGUCAACGCUGACCUGAAGGCGGCUGAAAUAAGUGAACUGCAGACUCAGGUCAAGAAUUUACGCAACUUGUUAGAACAAGAAAAGCUUACUAAGGCCCGUCAGUUGUGCCCACCUGGUCACCAGAGGUUGAUUUCUCUAGUGAAACAAGCAAUCUCUGAUGAGUCUGACAACGAGACUAUUUUUGAAAGGAUUAAAUGCUCUUCUCCAAUGACUAAAGAUUAUUUGCGCCAUAUUGGCAUCGUUAUUGAUGAUACUGAGGAUGAACAAGACGUGUACCACAGUCUCAGCCCAUCUCACUUUCCUGGAGAGUGCCCUCAGAGCCCAACUGAUAAUGUGACUUCAGCAGAAGCUGAGCAAGGCUAUGAACAACACCAGAUGCAGUUGAACAUGGAACUUCAGGAUAUCGAGUCCGAACUUGAAUCAAAAGAGGCGCAAAUGAAGGAACUGUCAAAUAUGUCCAUAGUUGAGUACGAAGAGAAGUGUUUGAGCCUCCAGCAGCAAGUGGAACAGUUGCAACUGCAGAAAUGUACCUUGGAGAAACAGCUGGAGGAGUUGCUAGGUUCAAACUCAAAGGCAUCAGCUAUGCUUGCUGAGCAACGGCGGCAGCAAAUUAAAGAAUUGGAAAGGAAAAUCUCACUGCAAAAUAGAGAGUUAGCUGAAAUCGCAAGGCUGAGACAAGAAAAGAAGAGAGACACCGACAAAAUCACUGGUCUCAAUAAGGAUAUUCAGGGCUUGAAAGCGGCCAAAGUUAAAUUGGCAAAGGAAAUUAAAAAGAGUGCUGAAAAUUACCGUACCUGGAAAUUACGCCAGGACAGAGAAGUGGGAAAAUUGAAGGAGGCCGCUGUGAAAGGGAAGCAUCAGUUGGAUAAGCAAGCAAGACUUCAUGCUAGACAACAGAAUGUCUUGCAGAGAAAGUACGAGGAGGCUUUAGCAGCAAACAAAAGAUUGCAGUCCAUGAUUGGUAAUCAGAGACACAACUUUACCAUGUCCACAACGCAUCGCUCAAUGCUGCAGAGCAAUACAGACAAGCUGAUGAAAUGGCUCUUGAAUGAAAAGGAAAUCGAAAAGAGCAAAGCCAUUCACAGAGAAGCUCUUGACCACUUGUUGAAUGACAAAGAUAGGCUGACAAAGAAAAAAACUGAUCUUUUGAAUAUUAAAUGCUGGGAAGAUCCGUCGGCCCGCAAACAAAGACUGAAAGAUAUGCGCAGCAUUGAUACACAAAUCAACACCCUUGACAAGCAGAUAAUUGAGUUGGAGAAACUGGUUUCAGCAAAUGCUGGCGAAGGAAAUAAUACGAUGGCACGCUGGACGGUGAUUAGCAACUUGAGUGAUGCAAGAUUUGUGAUGGAGAACCUGCUGCAGUCUUACAUCCAAGCAGAUAGGGAGCUUGCAGCCAAAAAGGAGCAGAUGAAUGAGUUGGAGGAGACCACAAGCAACGAGAAUAAAAAGCUCCGUGAGCAGAUCAAACAGCUUACUGCUGCUCCUGAAAAAGAAGAGGUCGUCGCUAAGGAGGUGAGCACGCCUAACCAACCUCUUGCUGCUGCAAAUCCUUCCAGAACAUUUAAUCUUAACUCCAUGGUGAAGAGCAAGAGGAAAACUGUCUUCUUCCAAAAUGAUGAUGAUCUAGAGGACUCUGAUGCGGAUCUUACUCAUGAUGACAUUGACAAAGAUCCAGAUUGGAGAAAUACUCCCUUCCUCAAACUCCUGCGUUCAAGAAAUUCAAAUUCUGACGAUGGAAAGUCUGAAGAGCCAAUGGCGCAAAAGAAGAUCAGCUUUGAUGGGCACAAAUGUAAAUGCUCUGGGAACUGUGACACUAACCGAUGUGGUUGCAAGAAGAAUGGCGAGUUUUGCUCAGAAAAUUGUGUCUGCAAGUCCAGUGGUUGCCAGAACCGACUUAGAAAUGAAGAGGAGGAGGAUUCACACGAGAUGCUGAACAGCACUCCUCUCAAUACCACUUUUGAGGUUAAAAAGAGAAGUUCAAGUGAAAGCAAUAUUAGGGAAGAGAUGGAAAAGCCACCGAGGAAGAGAAGAAUGUUCUCGUCUGUUAAAAUCGAGUUUGAUUUGUAGGGUGAAUUUUUUCAAAAUCAAUCUUAAUAGCCACAUUUAAAUGAUUACUCUGCGCAUUGACAACAGCUCUUCAUAAUUUCUUUUUUAUGUACACUUUAACUUAAUUGAUUCAAUAUAAUAAAUUGAUACAUUUUAUAUUUUAAACUUAAUAAAUAUCUUAUUGUUAGU